CGCACGCCUGCAACACCAAACACUCGGAUACAUUUCACGGCGAGAGCCGCUGCUCCUGUAACAAGGCGGCGGACAAGAUGACAGUGAAAAGCUUCACCCAGGGACAACAAUUCCGGCCACGAAUGGCCUUCUUGCGGAAGAUCGAGCCGCUGAUCAUCGAGAUGCAAGACCCUGGGAACGGGAUCAAGACGCAAACACAGAGGCUGAUGAUCACCACCAUUCCUCACGCCAUCACAGGGAGCGACGUGUUCGAGUGGCUGAUUCAACGCCUGCAGGUCACGGAGGAAGAAGGAACCUUGCUGGGAAAUCUACUUGUGAAGCAUGGCUAUGUCUACCCAUUACAAGAGCCCAAGAAUCUGUCCCUGAAGCCGGACAGCAGUCUGUACAGGUUCCAGACUCCGUACUUCUGGCCCAGUCAGGAAUGGCCCGCCGAGGACACAGACUACGCUAUCUAUUUGGCAAAGAAAAAUAUCCGUAAAAAAGGUGUGAUGGAGGAAUACGAGAAGGAAAACUACAACCUCUUGAACAAGAAGGUCAAUCACAAGUGGGAUUUUAUCAUCAUGCAAGCCAAGGAACAGUACAGGGCAGGCAAGGAACGCAAGAAAGCGGACAGGUUUGUUCUGGAUUGCCAGGAGAGGGCAUAUUGGCUGGUGCACAGGCCAGAGCCGGGCUGUCUGGACGCAAUGGACUACGGGAUUAAUCGCGCCACUGAUCCCAACACGAAUAAGGUAGAACAGAGAAAGACCCAUGAUUUUCACAGGAGAGAGAUCCUCUACUAUCAGCAAGCCCUGGUGAGGUCCAGAGUGAAGUCCUCCGUGUCAUUAGGAGGGGUUCUGAAAUACUGUGAGCAGUAUUUCACCCACGACCCUAUCAUGUCAGGCUGCCUGCCCAAUAACCCUUGGAUUACCGAUGACACAACGCUUUGGGAACUCAAUGCUCCAAUGGUGGACAGCCCGACCAAGCUGCGGGUGGAGCGCUGGACAUUCGGCUUUGCUGAGCUGAUGAGAGAUCCCAUGGGACGCCUGAACUUCGAGCUCUUCCUGAAGAAGGAAUUCAGUGUGGAAAACCUGGCUUUCUGGGAAGUUUGUGAAGAAUUAAAGUAUGGAGAUCAGUCAAAGGUCAAGGAGAGAGCAGAGGAAGUUUACAAGACCUUCCUGGCACAAGGUGCAAGGCGUUGGAUAAAUAUCGAUGGCCGGACGAUGGAGAUCACCGUGAAGGGUCUGCAGCAUCCUCAUCGCUAUGUGCUGGACGCUGCCCAGACACACAUCUACAUGCUGAUGAAAAAGGACUCGUACCCUCGUUUCCUGAGGUCCCCCAUUUACAAGGAGCUGCAAAAUGUGGCACUGGUCCCCGAAGAGACGAAGCAAAAGAGCAACUUCCCCUUCAUGCGGCGGCAGAGGCGCUCGAGCCCCAGCCCCGUCAUCCUGCGGCAGCUCGAGGAAGAGGCCAGGGCCGCCGCCGCCACCGGAGCCGGCAAGGUGGUCGACAUCACGCAGAUAUGUAGGUUCACUGCACCUGUUGCCAACCUGACAGUGUACACUGGAUUGUGCAGCUCACCUUGUUUCCCAAGCCCUUUCUCCUCUGACCUGGGCAAUGUGGACCUUUCCCGCUACUCACCCAGAUACGUCCCGUUGCCCAACAGCGCCCCCCGCUCCUCACCCAUCGGUGACGCCGUGGUCGCCAACCCAACACCGCACGGAAGGUGGAAGCCAAACACUGCCGUCUCCAGUCAGUUGCCCUCAGCUGCUGAAAGCUCAGAGUUGACGUCUGGGGGCCACGACCAGAGACCGUCGCCCAUGGCAACCAAGCCCCCUCCGAAAUCCAAGGUGGCCGCGUCCCUCAGCAGGUUUCUGAAACGGGGUUGCAGCAACUCGCCCGUCUUUGCCACGCUGUCGCCGAGGAGCAUCUCACUGAGCAGCGGCAAGGUCCAACCCUUGAACGGUGACGAGAAACGACCACAGCUAAAGCCAAGGCGAGUGUCCAACUUUUUCCAAAUAAAGGUCGAUGGCCCAUCCGAUUGCAGAAUUUAUCCCAUCGACUCUGAGGAGGAGGCGGAGAAGGAGGUGAACCAGCACAGCGGCAGAGACUCCACGAAGCAGCUCAUCUGUCCUUGGGAGCAAGUGGUGGAGGAAAGCAAAGCUGGGUGAGGAGCGGUGGGCUUGAGGCCCAUGGACCCCUGACAUGCCCAAGAUCUCCAGCGGCUUUCACGUUGGUAGAAGCAAGCCGAGUUCUGCAGCUUCAUUGGCGACUAGUUCAAAGGACCAGCCAGGCACGGAGGCAGACAAAAAUGCUGGAGAAACUCA